GGAAGGCGGGGGAGGGGAGGGGAUAGAGAAACGAGAUCGAUCGAUAUGACGACAGAUCGCGUGUAUCGAUUAAAUAUCCGUAGAUCGCAUGCUAUCUCAAAGGAUUAUCGAUGCAAUGCGUUGUUGCUGACGUUCGCGAGAGAAGCCAUUCGCGUUUCUAAAAAGAAACCCCAAAAUGAAAAACGACGUUGUCUGUCGAUGGAAUCAGAGUUGCGGGGGUGGUAGGUAGCUGACGCGGUACGUAUUUCUUCGCGACGAUUAGUAGGAAUGUAUUUUUAGAAGGGUAAGUCAGUCGGUAUACGCGUCACGUGACAUUUUAGGGAAACGUCAGGCGCCCGCCCCUUCUCUCCAUUUCGAAAGAUCGAGACGCGGACUAUUUAAGCUCCCAGCGCGCUUUUGCCGAUGCGAAUUAGAAAGUGAAAUCACAAUUUACUCGGACCCAUUGGGAUCUUUCGACCGUCCAUAUCGUUUCUCUCUACUCAUCUUUCCAAGUGUUUAGAAUUCACCGUUCUGUCCAGAAAAGAAAGAACAGAAAAGCACGAAAUGUCCAUUGUACCGCUCGUCUUCCGCGACUGGUGGGAGGAUAUGGAUCGUCCUGUGUCACGAAUCUGGGAUCAAUACUUCGGUAGGGGACUAAAUCGAGACGAUUUGAUCUCUGAAUUUUCCAACCUCGGCAUCAACCGACCAUUUCCAACUCCGUUUCGUUCACUUUUGGGGAACAACAGCACGUACUACCGACCAUGGAGAACGGUGACACGACAAAACUCUGGUGGUUCGAGUACAAUCAAAAUGGAGAAAGAUAACUUUCAGGUAAUACUGGACGUUCAGCAAUUCUCACCGGACGAGAUCACAGUGAAGACGGUCGAGAAGAACGUUGUGGUCGAAGCCAAACACGAGGAGAGACAAGACGAACAUGGAUUUAUCAGUAGACACUUUGUGCGGAGAUACGUUCUGCCCACGGAUUACGAUGCGAUCAACGUUACCUCGACGCUUUCCUCCGACGGUGUUUUAACAAUUACGGCACCGAGAAAGAAGCCCGAACCCCCUGGAACCGAAAGGAUUAUAAACAUCGUUAAGACCGGCGUGCCCGCGGAAAAAUCGCUAGAAACGAAGAUCGAGACUAAAGUAGAAAAUGAAACCAAUAAAGAAACAAAGGAACAAUGAUUUAACAAAAGAAAAAUGAUAUAAUAAACUCUCUAUGAUCUUUCUAUAGAUAAUAUUUUUAUAUAUGUAUAUACCUAUAUAAAUAUUCAAAUGUAUACGAUAUAAUAAAAAUAUUUAAAUUCGUA